GAUACGUGUUCCAAGACCGCAAAAAUAUCCAAAAUUUAAUAAAAAUCAGUUCAACACGUUUAAAAAUUAACACUUAAAUUGGAAUAAUCACUCAAAGACAUCACUCCCACGCAAGACGAACAAAAAAUCCCAGAAAUUAACCAAAAAUCGGUAGAAAUUUCUACAAAAGAAACCAAAUCCCGAAACCACCUCUUGCUUGAAAGACAUAAAUUCACACAAAAAUGAAUAAAAAUCUGCAAUUGCUCACAUAUUUGGCAGUUUUGGCUGUCCUAUCGCCCCUCGUGCUCAGUUUACGGGAAGGAGAUUGCGAAGUAUGUAUCGCUACUGUACAGAAAUUUGGAGAUUCUUUGGAUGCGACGACAAAAUCCGACCCGAAAAAGAUCGAAGCAGAGUUCAAAAAGUUCUGUAAAACGUCGAAAUCGAAGGAAAAUCGCUUCUGUUACUAUUUGGGCGGAUUGGAAGAGUCGGCAACAGGUAUUUUGGGCGAAUUAUCAAAACCGUUGUCUUAUUCGUUGCCUGCCGAUAAAAUUUGCGAGAAAUUAAAGAAGAAGGAUGCUCAAAUCUGUGAUUUGAGAUUCGAAAAACAAAUUGAUCUCAACAACGUCGAUUUGAAGAAACUCAAGGUCCGUGACUUGAAAAAAAUCUUAUCGGAUUGGGAUGAAACUUGCGAAGGAUGCUUGGAGAAGCCCGAUUUCAUCAAGAGAAUCGAAGAAUUGAAGCCCAAAUAUGCUGCUGGCGGUGCUCCCAAGGCUGAACUGUAACGUUUGCUGUUGAGAUAAAAUAAAUAAAAUUAAUUUAGUUAAUUUAUGAAAUGCAAAAUCUCUGUUAAAAAAAUAAUUGGAACAAAAUAUUUUUUCUAAAUUUACUUAAAUU